CUAGUCGAUGGGGGCUUUAUGCUCCCGGCCCAUGAUCUGGCACUGUGUACCCCCCCACAUCGGGGUCUUGCGCUGUUUGUUGCUGAGAUUUGUUGUCUUUUUCCCAUUAGCCUCUGGGGUCCCGGUCAUGGCGCUCUGCAGACUGUCUCGUGCCUUUCGCAGCUUAUCGGUGACCUUCAGCCAAACUUCAUCACACUCUUUGCUCUGUCCCCAGGCUGUUGCUUUCUCACUGUUGCCCUCUAGAGGUCUCCUCACCACAUCGCAUCUCAAUGGCCUGGAGAUCUGGAAGCCACCUGCCAAGUACACAAUUAACCCCAUAGGGAAGAGGAAGACGGGCGGGCGAGAUCACACUGGUCGUGUCCGCGUGCGCGGAAUUGGCGGAGGGCACAAGCAACUCUUUAGGAUGAUUGAUUUCCAGAGGCUGCGCUAUGAACCAGGGCGGGAGAACAUGGCGUUCCAGGAGAAGGUGGUGGAGGUGCGGUAUGACCCCUGCAGGUCGGCGGACAUCGCUCUGGUCGCUGGUGGGAAACGUAAACGUUGGAUUAUCGCUACUGAGAACAUGAAGGCCGGAGAUCUGAUCACGUCAUCCGGACACAUUGGACGCAUGGCGGUUUCUGCCCAGGAGGGAGACUCUCACCCGCUUGGGGCGUUGCCAGUCGGAACCCUGGUGAACUGCCUGGAAGUGACCCCUGGGAAAGGCGCAGAGUUUAUCAGAGCUGCCGGGACGUGUGGGGUGUUACUAAGGAAGGUGAACGGAACUGCCAUUGUGCAGCUGCCCUCCAAGAGACAAGUGCAGGUGCUGGAAACCUGCGUGGCCACUGUAGGACGCAUCUCCAAUGUCGACCAUAACAAGCGGGUGAUUGGCAAGGCUGGGCGGAACCGCUGGCUGGGGAUCCGGCCGUCCAGUGGACUCUGGAAGAGGAAGGGCGGCUGGGCCGGGCGCAAGAUCAAACCGCUGCCCGCCCUGAAGAGCUACGUGAUGUUACCAAGUGCCAAACCGCCCCCCAGGGCCUGACCUCUGCUGGGGGUCCGGACUGACCUCUGCUUGGGGUCUGCACUCCGGACUAACCUCUGCUGAGGGGGUCCGCGCUCCGGGCUGACUGACCUCUGCUGAGGGGGUCCGCGCUCCGGGCUGACUGACCUCUGCUGAGGGGGUCCGCGCUCCGGGCUGACUGACCUCUGCUGAGGGGGUCCGCGCUCCGGGCUGACUGACCUCUGCUGGGGGGGUCCGCGCUCCGGGCUGACUGACCUCUGCUGGGGGUCUGCGCUGACUGACCUCUGCUGGGGGUCUGCGCUGACUGACCUCUGCUGGGGGUCUGCGCUGACUGACCUCUGCUGGGGGUCUGCGCUGACUGACCUCUGCUGGGGGUCUGCGCUGACUGACCACUGCUGGGGAUCCGGGCUGACUGACCACUGCUGGGGAUCCGGGCUGACUGACCUCUGCUGGGGAUCCGGGCUGACUGACCUCUGCUGGGGAUCCGCGCUGACUGACCUCUGCUGGGGAUCCGCGCUCCGGGCUGACUGACCUCUGCUGGGGAUCCGGGCUGACUGACCUCUGCUGGGGAUCCGGGCUGACUGACCUCUGCUGGGGAUCCGGGCUGACUGACCUCUGCUGGGGAUCCGGGCUGACUGACCUCUGCUGGGGAUCCGGGCUGACUGACCUCUGCUGGGGAUCCGGGCUGACUGACCUCUGCUGGGGAUCCGGGCUGACUGACCUCUGCUGGGGAUCCGGGCUGACUGACCUCUGCUGGGGAUCCGGGCUGACUGACCUCUGCUGGGGAUCCGGGCUGACUGACCUCUGCUGGGGAUCCGCGCUCCGGGCUGACUGGCCUCUGAACUGUUAUAUCAGCAGUUGUGAAAUAAUCUGUUGUGAAAUAAAAUAAGUGAACCCUU